CGUGGUGCUUGCUCCGUGCAUGCGGUGCUCGUGGAUAAGAGCGACAGGAGCGAGGAAGACGGCAGGGUGCUCAGCACCCAAGAUCCAUCGUUGCAGUCAAACAUCCUGGCAACGACGAUCGUGAGACAAUGCCACGUCCCUUCAACAAACGCAAAGACAAGAUUUGGAUACAUCCCCCUGAAGUCCUCAUACUGGGCUCUGUCCUCUAUACUGUUAAGUUCCUUGGGAGCCGUGAAGUUGAUCAGCCCAAGGGGUCAGAUAUAGUGAAGGAUGCCGUCAACAAACUUAAGUUUACACGCCACAUCAAAAAAGCUGAAGGACAGAAGCUGCAGAAGGUGGAGCUCCAUAUCUCCGUCCACAUAGUACGAAUUGUGCAACAGAAGUCCAAGGAGCUGUUGCACAGCAUUCCACUCAACCAUAUCUCAUUCUGCGCGGAUGACAAGGUGGACAAAAGGAUGUUUGCCUUUGUCUGCAGGGAUGUGGACAAAAACAGGAACCUCUGCUAUGCAUUUGACAGUGAUAAAUGCGCAAAGGAGAUUGCGUUGACAAUCGGGCAGGCGUUUGAGGUGGCCUAUCGGCAGUACGUCGACUCUGGGGCCAGAGAUGCAGAGUUCCGAAAGCAGAUGGCGUCAUUAUGCCAGCGGGUGGUCAACCUGGAGACUGAGAAUGGGCAGCUAAAGAAGCAGGUUCAGGGAUUGAAAGACAUGUUUGAGAGUACACAGAGUGGGCUGGAGAGAAGUGUGGAAACCAAGCGGCCAAACUCCCUGCUGCUGCAGCCUUGCCUCACCCUGCUAAACACGGAGCUCUCGACCCUCUUCGUUCCACCUACUGGCAGUAAAUCUCCAGACUCUGGAGUGACGGACAUCUUCGAUAUGGAGCCCUUUUCACCUCUCUUCAGUGCAACAGACUUACAGCCCGAAAGUGACGAAUCAGAGGCUGAAAGCCUCAGCCCUCGUUCGGUGAAAGCAGAGCACGACUCUCCAGUCGGUACAACCUCUACAGCCGCUGAUGACAACACAGGCAGCCUUUCAGAGACAGCCAACGGCCCAGUGUUUAUAUCUCAAUUCUGUUUGCCAGAUCAUGGGCUCCAGUUCUCCAACCUUCACACAGGAUCAAAGUGGAUGAGCAUGGAUUCCCAAUGCCUCACCCUUCUGAGACAUCACUGGGGAUGAAUGACAAAAGUAAUCACAGAAAAUGUUCACCUGCCCUUCUCAGCAGUUAGGGUUAUUCCUUCAGUCUUUGGCCACAUGAGCUCAGUCACACAAAGUUAUCCUGGUUACAGCCACCCAAGAAUUUCUACGUGCAUGACUUUUGCCCUGAAAUAAAAAAUAAAAUCGACACACUUUGCACUAAUUCCAUCUUUCCUGAAAAUGUACAGCUCCUCAUUGCAUUUUAAAUGUAUAAAGUCAUUGCUAAUGUAAGUUUAGUGAUGUACAACAAAAUAUGUAAAGUACCCUUGCCCAUUAAUAUUGCUGAUAUCUCACCUUGAAAUCAACCCCAAAAAGUUGACCCUAAAGGGUGAGGUUAGCACUUGAUCAUUUCUAACCCCAAGGGCCAAAUUAGAGUCAGAUAUAAUCCUGACAUAUUAUAGUCAUUAUACCAGCAUAUACUUUGGUUGUGUACGAAGACACAAACUAUAAUUUUAUGGACAUCUCAUCCGAGGUUGAACAUCUGUUCAGAAAUUCCGAGAUGGACCAAGAAGGCAAUUGGACAUAUGACAGAAGACGCAGAUUCACAGCGCGAGACCGGCGGAGGACAGAGAUAAGUGGAGGGUGGUGCUGGACGCCACCAACCCUCAGGGAAGAGGAUGGCACUUGAUGGCGAGCUUGGAGCACUCGCAUGGGGAAACUUGGGCAAAACAGGUGGAAGAUAAUCAAGGAAGGUUAGGGAAUCCAGAGAGAAUAUAAGGUUGGUAAGUUCAGCGAGAAAAGUGAAUCUGAUCAAUGGUAGAACUUUGCUUGGUGGAUUGUUAAGUGUGCACUUAAAUGUCGAGGCUAAAAGUGGUCUGUUCGUUAUUUUGAGUAUGGAAGUGCUCAGGUGGCUGGAGGCCAGUCUUAGAAAGUAAUAAUAGAUCAACAAGUGAGAUCAUUGACUUGCGGAUUGACAGGGAAGUGCGAAAUUCAACAGCAUUCAAUGGAAUCGACUUUGGGAAAUGGGCCAGCGUGCCAGGUUUGAUACUGCAAUGCAUACUAACUCUUAAACGUGUUGUCACUUUCUGCUUGAAGAAAAGGGCGUGUGAAAACGCCCAGCCAUCUACGUGGGCUUAACAUUUGUAAGGUUGAGAGUUGAUUUGUUCAUGUUUUUGUUCAUGUUUUGUUUGUUACGGUUAUACCCGAGUCAAGAGCCACAUGGCUCACAGGGCUGUACCUAAUAAAUGAAACUUAAAACUGAAAAAUAGAAGAAUGAGUUUAAUACAAUGUAACAAGUCAAUAUUUGUUGAGAGAAACAUCCAGGCAUUAAAAAAAAAACCUUUCGUCUGGACAUAAAGAGACACUGUGUAUUAUUCAUUCAAGUACCACACUAUAUUGAGAGUCUCCAAAACGUGUUCUGUUAGAGUAGUUAUGGUACAAAGCAUUUUAAAUUUCGAUUUAAAGCUUUCGUGACUGCAGGGAUUCAUCUUCUUAGUUCUUUCGGUAAAGUCACGCAGAA